UUUAUUGUAACAAUUGUUAUUUGUCUGUUUAUUCUAGAUACCUGCAAGAUGCAUUUGAUGUGCCAUUAGUGAUCCAGUUAACUGAUGAUGAGAAAUUUUUAUGGAAAGAUCUAACAGUAGAGAAGGCAAAUGAGUUGGCUUACGAAAAUGCUAAAGACAUCAUAGCGUUAGGAUUUGACGUCAAUAAAACAUUUAUAUUCUCUGAUAUUGACUACAUUGGGUCAUCAACAGAAUUUUAUCGAAACAUGCUUAAAAUACAGAAAUGUGUAACUUUCAAUCAAGUGAAAGGUAUAUUUGGAUUUGGUGACAGCGAUUGCAUAGGUAAGAUUAGUUUUCCAGCCAUCCAAGCGGCACCGUCAUUUAGUAAUUCUUUUCCACAUAUAUUUGGAAGUCGUAGUGAUAUACAUUGUCUUAUACCGUGUGCUAUAGAUCAGGAUCCAUAUUUUCGUAUGACACGCGAUGUAGCUCCCAGACUAGGUUAUCCCAAACCAGCAUUGUUGCAUUCACAGUUCUUUCCUGCUCUGCAAGGUGCACAGACUAAGAUGAGUGCCAGUGAUCCAAACUCUUCAAUUUUUCUCACAGACACAGAUAAAAAAAUUAAAACUAAGGAUUACGGUAGUGGUAAACUGCUUACUGGUGAGCUGAAGAAAAUAUUAAUAGAUAUCUUGCAACCCAUGAUUAGAUCUCACAGAGAGCGCAGAGCUGCAAUCACUGAAAAUGAGGUUAAACAGUUCAUGACACCAAGAAAGUUAGCUUUUGACUAUUAAAUUAUUGUCAAAUUUCUAACUAACACUAUCAAAAAUGAUGUGAUUUACCAUUUUACCAUUGUGUAAAGAAAGCCCAUCCAUCCGAAGAUUCCCAUCAUCAAGCAAGUUGUACAAUUACUGUUGUCAUUGAAGGGUGUGACUAACUAAUGGCUUUCAAUGUAUGGAUGGUAAUUAUGACUACUCACUGAACAAAAAACUAAGACUUGUCAUCUCCAAUCAUGUUUUACAGCAAAUUAUGAAUAAAGAUAGAUUCAUUUCAUUUUAAGACAAA